CAACGAUUCAGUCUAACAGAAUACAAACACACACGGACAAUGUUUCGGAAUUUUUACGCAGAACAAAAUAUGGCAGACCCUAGAGAUAGUUGGUAUAAGCCAAACCUGCUAUUCAAUAUCCAUUACAAGCCACCAAAGCCACCAAAGAUGAUGAUAGUUACCAGAGAGUUCAACCCAAGCGUGUGAACUUGUGGUGAGCAUGGUUGUGAACCACACUACAGAAUGGAAAGAGAAAUUGUUUGGCUGAAUAAAGAAGCCAAAAGCAAAGAAGGUAGAGAGCUAAGAGAAAUCAUUCCAGACGAAAGGACUGUCACAACAAAAUUAGAAGGUGGUGAUGGUAGCCAAUACGAUGGAGACAGCGAUGAUAAUAAUGACCAUAUUGAUGAAAAUGAUGACGAAUGGGCAAGUGACGCAUCAUCCGGCGAGAAGGCAGAUGCUAUUAAAGGUAUGGUAAAUGGCAUGGUUGAUGAAGUUACAAGGCAGACCGAUGGAGUUGAAGCAUCUAUUGAAACACGCCCCGAUUGUCUGCGUCCAAACGGUGAUGGUGCUGAACAAGAAGUGUCAGAAAUGGAGAAACGGGGAAAUAGUCUAAUGUCAACAACGAUCAAGCUGGAAAGUGACAUUGAUAAUAUUAGAGAAGAAACAGUCGAGAAGAAAACCGAUAAUACGAAAUUUGGACAGAACAGCAAUGACGUAACUAUUGAAGAGAACAAUCAUGACAGCUUACCAAUAUUCGACGACCUUGCAAAGCCAGACAUACCUACAACUGAUGUACCAGUCGCAAAACAAUAUCUGUUAACCUUGGUGGAGACGAAGAAGAGUGUGGUUCAGCUUUUGGUAUCAUGAGGGUGUACUGUGAAAGUAAGCUGCAUACUGAAUGGUCAGGAACUGAAAGACUGAGUUCCGCAGUCACGGAGCGAGGAGUGCCAUUUUGAAUUGUUCAUUAUUAUUGUAUUAUAAAUAAUUUAGUAUAUAUGUUUUAUCAAAUGACAUAAUUAAAGUAAUUAACUAUA